AUGACGGGCAGGAACCACUGUGCCUAUGUGGUUGAAAAGACAGUGUCCUUCACCGUGCAGGAUGGGGCAGCCCCAUAUGUAAAAGCAGAGUACAACAAGUGUUCCUGGGGUCAAAAAUGUCCAGCUCUCCAGUAUCGUCUGAUGUACAAACCAAUCUACAAGGCGGCACAUAAAACCGUCACAGAGCUGGAGUGGCGUUGUUGUCCCGGCUACUCUGGUUAUGGCUGUAUGGAGGGACAUCCUGUUUACCAACACCCCAUGAGAAUGAUGCCGCCAUUCAAGGGCCCACCAAUGAAAGGCCCGCAGUUUAAAGGGCCACAGUUCAAGGGCCCUCAGUACAAAGGCCCCAUGUUCAAGGGUCCCAUGUUCAAGGGCCCACCUAUUAACACUGGUGUGAAGGCCAACCCAUGGAGUCAACUCAAAGGACCUCCCACCGGCAGUUUUAACUCUUACCAAAUGCACCACUUUGGGCCUCCGAGGACCUCCUCCUAUCCAGACACCCCCUUCGAGCCUUAUCCACCUCAGCCAGAGCCUAUGCCAGAGCACCAGGAACCACAUCACACAGAGCACAACCAAGAACAUGAGCAUGGCCUUGAGCAUGAGCAUGAACAUGAACAUGAACAUGAAAUUGAACAUAGCCAAGGACCUGAGGAACAUAUACCAGAGGAAAUCCCUCCUCCUCCUUCUCCCUCUGGUGGUGAACAGCCUGAAGGCCAAGCUCUAGACAGUGAGACAGAGGAGCGAAUAUAUCGAAUGGAGGAAGAUGUGCAGCGUCUAAACCAGGGCCUGGAAACCCUGAGGGGAACUGUGAAUGGACUGGAAGAAAGUCUACGAGCCUCGCUGAGAGAGGAUGCCAACAGGAUGCUGACAGCUCUGCUCUCUGCUGUCCCUGGUCCUGUUCCCGCUCCAGUUGCCGCCUCUGGUCCAUCCACUGUAGGGUUUGUAGAGAUUCCUGGAGGAGAUCCUGAGAUAGAGGGGGUUGAUGGCAGACACGUGUUUCCAGGCCUUACAGAACUGAACGGAAACGUAGAGGAGCUCAGGACAGAACUGCAAGCCAAGACAGCAGAGCUGCAGGAGCUCAAAGCAACAGUGAUGGGACAUGAUGGAGCACUGAAGAAGAUGUCGAAUAGAGCAGGAGUGGUAUCAGACUCCAAUGGCAAUCUUGGGGAAAAUGCCCAGAAAGCUAUGGAGAACGUAAUGGAUGCCAAGCUGAGUGCAGCCAGGACAGAAAUUCUUGGUGGGUUCGAGAAGCGCGUGGAGAGUGCAGAGGGACGAUGCGAGGAGAAAGCAGGGGAUUUGCGUCGUCAGUGCCAGAGGGAGCAAGGUGAAAGGCAAGAGCAGAUGGAGGACGCUCUGGAGGAAAGUAACACAGACUUGAAAACAGAGAUGACAAACCUCAAGGCACAGAUCCAUGGUUUAAAGGCUACAGAGAGCUGCUCUGGAGUGAGUGGACUGGUUCAAAGGGUGCAGAUGCUGGAAACAUCAAUGGCAGGCCUUAACCAGUCCCAAAGGCACCUUAGAGUGGAGCUGGGAGGACACAAGGACCACAUAGAGGGAAUGCUGGAGGGGCGUUUGGGUUACGUGGAGGCACAGCUCAACCUGACUGGGCAGAUUCAAAGCGAUGAGUCUGGAAGGAUGAAUAGUGUCCCAGACAGAGCUGAGACAGGACAGGGUAUGGAGGCCAGAAUGGAGGGUAAGUUGAGUGCUCUGGAAGGUCGUUUACUGACGGCUUUGGAGGAGCUGGGUAAUGCCACUGCCCCCGCACUACUGGAGGGUCAUGCUGUUCCCACUCUGGAAACAGAGUUGGAGUCUCUCAGAGGGAGACUAGAGAUCGAUGUGGACAGAAUGCAGAAGCACCUGAGCAGCCUUGAGAUUAUGUGCUCCUCUUCCCGUUCCUCAUCUCAAAACCCAUCUGCCAUCCAAGGAGACUCUGCUGCGCCAAGUGCUAACCUGGCAGAGGAGCAGAAUGUGAAGGAGGCACUCAACAUGCAAGGUGACCGUUUGAGUAGCCUCAACGUCACACUGCAGAACAUCCUGAGGCGUCUGACACUCAGGGACCAGCAGCAGGAACAAGCAGAGGGAGAUUAUCCCAUCGAGGGAGAGCUAACAAUCCUCAAGUUCAAUGUCCGCUCAGUCAACCGCACCCUCAAAGGCCUCCAGGACUCCCUGGGGACAGUGGUCCACCAGGUGGGCCAAGCCAACAGCUCCUGGCAUGAGAGAGAGGCUCGUCUGGCCCAGCAGAUAAAGGGUGUGGUGCAGCUGGUUGGACAUCAGGCCUCCAUGCUCGGGGCAGGUGAGCGCAGACUGACCCGAGUUAAAGGCGAGCUGCAAGAGAUGAAGAGGCGGCUAGCUGAGGGGGUGCGGGGCUGCCGGAGCACAGCUAUGGGGGUCCAGAAAGAGGUAACUGAGGUUGGAGGGCGUGUUGCCAGUGUGGAAGACCAGUGUAAAGGCCUGAGUUACUUGGCAGAGGACCUGGAAAGAAUCAGGGAGGAGUUGGAGAGACAAUCGAAUGGGCUUCUCGUGCAAGUCAAUGGGACUCUCUCCAGCCACGCUCAGCAGCUGUCUGAGCUGAGAGGCGAACUCAGAAACUGCACCUCCCAGGUAGAGCCAACACAACAGAGUUCAGAGCUGGAGCCAGAACGGAGACGAGGGGACACCUUCACUUUGAAUUAGUUCUGUUCAUACGGACAAUAGAUUUUAAAAAAAGAAUGAAAAAGGGGAUAAUACUCUGCAGGUGCAGUGGGGGUCCACUAAAACCCCAUCUUAUUAUCUGAAUUGUAAAAUACAAAGGUUGUGAACCUGCACUGAAAUAAGGAUGGAUUUAGCUAGCUUACAGUAAAAAAUGAAAAGAUGAAUGACAACUAAUUCCAACUGCACUAAUAACACAGAAUCUUGAAAUUGAAUCAUGGAGGUGGUAAAAUUAACUCUUUGUUGUAAUGGACCAUUAUUUAGAGCCCCAGUGAUUGAGAAAAACAACAGCAAAUUGCACCUGUGUUCCUGUACUGUUUCUGUAAAGCUUACAAAAAUAUUGUAUGAAUGGUUGUUUAACAAUGUUUACACGUUUAAGUUUUUGUAUUGAUUUUUUCUUAUGUCUAGACUAGAAGUAUACAAGAUAUGUUUUUAUAUGAUUUAAGUUCCUGAGCAUCUCUUUACAUCAUAAAAUGUUAACAUGUCAAGCUGUACACAGUUUAUUUUCAAGGUUUUUCAAUUCUGACAAUCC